AAACGUUUGGCCUGUAGGGGUCGCUGUGACAAAUCCAAGCCGCUCUUCAGCGUCUCUGUCAGCUCUUGGUGAACUCGUUGACUGUUUACAACAUUGGAGGCGGAUGCCGCUUGAAUCUUUGUUUGAAGACUGGCUAUGGAUAAAGAGUGGACACCUUUAGACUGCCUGCUGCCAUCAGGCACGCAAAGGAUUUGUCUGAUCAUUCUGAACCAGCCUGUUGAUAAGGACCACCUACACAUCCUCUGGAGGAAAGCUCUCCUGAGGGCAUGUGCUGAUGGAGCUGCCAAUCACCUUUACAACAUCACAGCUGGAGACCGUGACAACUUUCUUCCUGACUACAUCAGUGGGGAUUUUGAUUCCAUUACUGCUGAGGUCAAAGCAUUCUAUACAGACAAGGGUUGCAAGCUGAGAGAAACAUCCGACCAGGAUCUAACCGACUACACCAAAUGCCUUGCAAUCAUGGUGGAAGAGAUAAACAAGCAAGGGUUAAAGGUGGAUACCAUUGUAACACUUGGAGGUCUUGGAGGCAGAUUUGACCAGAUCAUGGCAUCUGUUGAGACCCUCUUCCACGCUCUGUCCAUGACACAACUUCCUUUGAUGAUAAUACAGGGCGAGAGCUUGGCAUAUCUGCUCAGACCUCAGGGCUGCCACAGACUCGGGGUGAACACAGGUCUAGAGGGUGACUGGUGCAGCCUGAUUCCAGUAGGUGGACCCUGCCAAGUGGUCACCACGGGACUCAAAUGGAACCUGAGUAACCAGGUCCUGGAGUUUGGGAAGCUGGUGAGCACCUCCAACACCUAUGAGCCCGCUGAACGAGGAGAUCCACGGAAGGCUGUAACUGUGUCCACAGACAAACCUCUGCUCUGGAGCAUGAGCAUUCAUAAAAAUGGGGAGUAAAGAAAACAUCUCAGAGAAAUCAGGUUAAUCAGAAUGUAUGAUUUUGAAUCAAGCACCAUCUUACAUUGGUGAUCUUCUUAGUCCCUACACCCCCAGCAGGUCCCUGAGGUCCAGUGAUCAAAGCCCACUGGUUGUGCAGCACCAGGCGUAAGACCAAAGAUCAUCUGCUGCUGUGGCCCCCCCAGCCUCUGGAACUCUCUCCCCCUGAGCCUGAGAUCAGUGGACCACCUAUUCCACCUUCCUCAGGAUCCACUGAUUUCCCUCUUUGCUCAUUUUGAAUAUAUUUUUACAUUUUUUUGUUUUUGUGAAGUGCCUCGUGAUUUUUAUCUUGAGGCGCUAUAGAAAAGAUCUUUUCUUCCUCAUUUACAUCAGAGGUGGGGAACCCUGGUCCAAGGGCCGCUAUCCGGCAUAUUUUAGUUUCAACCCUGCAUCAAACGAUUAACGGGCUUCUGCAGAGCUUGAUGAGUUGCUGAACAGGUGAAUCAACCACUGAAUCAGGAGUGUUGGAGCAAAGGCGUGCAGGAUACCGGCCCGCGAGAACCAGGGUUCCCCUCUGCUGAUUUACAUCAUAAAUGAUGGAAAGAAGGUGUAAACAUGAAUUUCCCUUCAUCGCUCCUUUAUACAUUCUGCAGAUUACUACUUCCAGAACCAGAGACCUGCUUAGUAGAAAUGUUUAAAUUAAGCUAUUUUUGAUUCAACUUUUCAUGUCAAACAUUUUUUAUCACCAAUAUAAUAAAAUUUUUAAGAAAGAAAAACAGUUUCUGGCUUUCACUCAUUUUAUUUACAGAGAAAUAUAAAUGUUGAGAACAGAAUGUAAAAAAUGCUGUUCUUUGUUUCUUUUUUUCAUCACAUCGGUACGAUAACACUAUGAAGCCACCAUGUCUCCAGAGAUCCAUAUUUUUCCCAUUUUGCUUGAUCCGGAUUUAACCACCA